AUGUCUCCUCCUUCCUCUGAAUUACAUCAAUCCAACUCGAUCGAAUUACAAGAAGAACACAAUCAAAUACCCAUUUCGAACAGUCCUCCGACACAACCACCAACCACUCCACCUUCUUCCAAUCCACCCCAACAAGUCCACAAGAACAACUCGUUCGAACCCAACGAUCACUCGUCGAUGAAACCGAAAAAUUCCAAUGUCCAAAUUCGAACGUGUUGGGGAGUGAUUGAAUUGUCAUGGCUUCGACUUCUUUCAUUACUCUCACUCGUUGUGAAUAUUUUGGCAUUUGUCAUCUUGUUGGCAUUGAUGAUUUGGAGUUAUGCCGCGUUUCGAGAUUUGAGAACUGACACGAUCGAACAUACGGUAUUGGCUCGAUUGUAUCGAGAACGAUUGUCGUAUAGUUCGAAAACUGCGGCCUUAUAUUCGGCAUGUUUGGCUUCGUUGAAUGUUUCGGUCGUGACACCUCCGAGUAAUACCGGAACGGGAUCGGGCUCCGGGAGUUGUGUCGGAAGAAAAUGUAAGGGAAGAUCCAUGACGGAAGAAUAUGCCAUGGAAGCUACUACCAAUGCAUCUUCUUCACAAAAUUAUGAAUUAUACGUCUCACAAGAAGCCUAUCUCUUUUACAAUACGACUCUCUUGUAUAAUCAAACCAUUUCGAACUUGCUAGCAGCCAUGUCGGAUCAAGAAGUUCAAGCACUCAAUUUAACUCGACUCGAUUCCGUCGACAGUUCCAUUCAGUUCGAAGCCAAAGCUGUUGAACUCGCUUUGAAAAAAAACGGAACUCAAGCACUCCGCGUACUAUUUUCCGAUCCGACGUACCAAACCAAGCAAUCUCAAUUUUUACAACAAGUGUUGGAUCCUGUAGCUUUUUAUGUGAGUGACAAACAACAAACCAUUGCAUUUGUAUUAAAUGUCCAAACUGUGGUGAGUUUGGUUGUCAUUUUGUUGGCAGUGAGUAUUGUCAUUCCCGUAGUGAUUGCAACCUUAGUGUGUGCUUUGAAUCGAGAUGCCAUUCAGAUUGAAAGAUUGAAAAAGGCGAAUGCAUUGAUGGCCAUUGAUACCAUGAGAGAUCCUCAAUUGAGAAAGUUAUUUAAGGCCUUUUGCGAAAAAGAAUAUUCCGUCGAAAACUUUUUAUUACUCGAAAAAAUUGGUCAAUUUAAAGAGCUAGCUUCUAAAAGUAUGGAAAUCAAAAUGUUUUUAUACGACGAUUCCAAAUCCACACUCUCCGACGAUACGGACAUGAGCGAUGCUGGUUAUUCUGAAUAUUCCAGUAUGAGUAAUACUUCGACGAAAAAGCUCAGAAAAGAUUUGAAAAAAACAUAUACCGAGAGUGAUUUAUUUUCAUGUGAAAAGAAAAAGUAUGAAUUGGCCAUGGAAAUUUAUUCUGAAUUUUUGGAUAUGAAUGGAAGUCGAACAGUGAACUUGUCGAAAAAAAAGACCGAUGUCAUUAAGAAGAAAAUUGAGGAAUUUGCGAAUAGUGCAGUGCCCUUAUUGGAGGAUGAUAUGUUUGAUAGUAUUGAACGAGAAAUUGCACAUUUAAUGUUGGAUACACAUCGAAGAUUUAAGGAAAGUCUUGCUUUCAAGAAACAAAUGAAAAUUGAGAAUAUUAAUACGAGAAUUAAGAAUGCUGCUUCUAAAACCAAAUAA